AGGCCAUGUGGCAGAUGCAGAGGGACUCAGAGAUGGACGAGGUGCACACACGCUGGGACUGACGGACACAAAAGACUCGCCAUAGACCAGGAAAGGAAUCAGCUUUGCUCCAGGUGUCUGCCCGUUGCUCUUCAACACCCCGUAUUUCAAGAUGUUCCCGGCCUUAUUUCUCUCCUUGCUCGUCUACACGGCUGUCGCGGAAGACAAAGACGGCGCCCUCCCUAGGCUGGGUGACGUCGGGGCAGCCGAGGCCUUCAUUGACUCGGCUGAAGUCGUGGUCGUUGGGUUCUUUGAGGGGGAGGACAGUCAUGGCUAUAAGGAGUUUGUGGAGGCUGCUAAGGAGGUGAAGCCCAUUCCUGUGGCGGUGUGUGGUGAGAAGGAAGUGUGGGCUAACCUCAGCAUCGUCUCUGACACCAUCACCAUAUUCCGGAAGGCUGAUAACCACCAGGAGAACCUGCAGCUUUCAGAAGCCAAGAAGAUAGAAACUGACGGUUUAGUCCGCUUCAUCACAGUCAAUGAGCUUCGCUACAUCACUGAAUACAACCAAGUGACGGCAGUGGGUCUCUUCAACUCAGACGUCAAGACGCACCUCCUGCUCUUCACCAGCAGGGGGAGUGAUGACUAUACUGUGCUCAAGGACCGAAUGGGGGCCCUGGCCCCAGAAUUCACCGGCAAGUUCUUAUUUGUGCUGAUCAACGGAGCGGUGAAGGCCAACGAGCGAUCGCUGGGUUACUUUGGUCUGAAGUCAGGUGACCUGCCCCGGGUCGGCAUCUAUGAUGGCGACUCGGACAUGAAGUGGCUCCUGCCCGAAGGGGAGAUCUCUACAGAGCGUGUGCGGGAGUUCUGCCAGUCCUUCCUCCGAGGAGAUCUAAAGGAGGUGAAGGAAGCAGGCCCUGAGUCCAAAACUGAGCUGUAAUGCUGUGCUUUAAAAGUUUGCUUUAUAUGAAACUAACUUUCCAUCUGAUAAAGAGAUAACUGUAAAUAAAACAGGGGACCUUCUUGGCUGA